AAUCACCAUAACUCCUGUUAUUAUCUCUCUGGAGGCUAAUGGGUUCUGACAAGAGCUCAGAUUUGUAAUCUGGGAUGAGCUAAAACCAUAUGCAGGGUUCUGGGUGCCAGUGGAAGAAUUCAAGAAACGGGACAAGACAUGCGAUGAACUGUAGGUUUUGUUUGGUCCUUUUUUUAACUUCACAGCAAAACAAAAAGUUAAACAAAAGGAUUCUCUGAAGGAAUCUGGAGAGUCGCAAACUGAGGAGAAAAAGUGCAUAUCAAAAUUUUGAGCAGUAGCCUUCGCAAAUGUAGAUUAGGCUGAAUGCGACUUUAACAGUCACGAUACUUCGCUGUUUCGGUAUGGAACGAUAAUCAAAUAAAAUACCGUAGAAGAAGCUUGCAAUGGGUCAGCGGGUGAGCGAGGACUCGAACGCGGACAAGGAGAUCGAUGUGGCCGAGCUGCAAGAGUGGUACAAGAAAUUUGUAGUGGAGUGUCCCAGCGGCACAUUGUUCAUGCAUGAGUUCAAGGGUUUCUUCGGUGUCUCAGACAAUCAGGAAGCGGCCAGUUAUAUUGAAAACAUGUUCCGUGCGUUUGAUAAGAAUGGGGACAACACCAUUGAUUUUCUGGAGUACGUGGCCGCGCUGAACCUGGUUCUGAGAGGGAAGCUGGAGCACAAGCUCAAGUGGACCUUCAAAAUGUACGACAAGGACGGGAGCGGCUGCAUCGACAAGACGGAGCUGCUAGAGAUCGUGGAGUCCAUCUACCGGCUGAAAAAAGCAUGUCAUGGGGAGCUUGACGAGGAAUGCAACCUGCUCACACCGGACCAGGUGGUGGACAGGAUAUUCGAACUUGUGGAUGAGAAUGGAGAUGGUGAACUAUCUCUGGAUGAGUUCAUUGAUGGUGCACGGCGGGACAAGUGGGUGAUGAAGAUGCUGCAGAUGGACGUGAACCCUGGGGACUGGAUCAGUGAGCACAGGCAUCGGAGUGUCAACUACUGAACCCUCACUUCACCCCUCCCACCAUCCCUUCAAAGAUGUCAAAGUUAUGUCAAAUAUGUUAUGUCCCUUUAAAAAAUAUUUCUUAGGUGCACUAGCUAAAUGCAUCACAAACAGCAAUCCCACCAGUGACUGUACAUAUUUAACGGCUUCCUUUUAAGACAGCAAGAUGAUCAUCUUAUAUACCAAUGACUAUCCCGGGUCAGCCGUUGGAAGUCAGACAGAUAGAUCUUACUAUAUUAUUAUUCAACUCACCUUUGAGUAAUUAAGUAAUUAAUUAAUUGCAAUGACUGUCUUCCACCUGCUUAUCCAGUUCAGGGUUGCGGAGAAGCUAGAGUUUAUUCCAAGAAGCAUCAAGUAAUGGUAGGAGACACCGGGGAUGGGAUGCCAGUUCUUGUAGGGAACAUGCAUUAAGGGAAAUUUAGGAAUACUAAUUCAGCCAACACCGACAUUCAAAUAUCAUACAGACAGCAGCGGUAGGAUUCGAACACCCACACCCAGGCAGAGCUACUCACUGAGCCAUCGCACAACCCCUAAUAUAAUUGAUAUAAAAUUCUUUUGUUAUUAAUUUAUUAAAAUAUUAAUUUAUUUGUGUUGUCUGGAUGUAAAAUUCACCCACUGUGCUCAAAGUGUGCGGCAGGCCAAUAAGCAGAUACUGUACUGAUGAAUGCUGCUGUAGCCAGACUGGCUGGUCAUUAAGCCUGCAUUCAUACUAACAGACACUUGCCUGGUAUCGGUCCCGGGUUCCUGUCUGUAAAUAUCAGAGGGAUGUUAAUCGAUAAUAAGAGGGGAACUAUGGCACAUAAUAUGUGCAUCUGUGCUUUAAGUUGUGUUCCUUAUUCUGGUCCAAAUAAUUUAAUCUGAUUAUCAGAUAUGAUCUGAUGUUUUUAAUAAAGAUUAAGUACAAACCAGCUGAGAUGACCUUCCUGUACUACAUCUUAGAAUUUUUCUGUAGUUUAUGGGUUGUAGUUGCGGGAAUGUCAGAAAGUGUAGAAAUUAUCCCGCCCUUAACAUGUUUGUAUUGCUUGUUGUUAUAUCUGUAAAAUGCAUAUGCAUUUUUAAUAAAUAAGACUCUGCAUUGUUUUUUCUUUAAAUGUGUA